AUGGAGACUGAGGAUAAUUUCCAGUGUCCUAGCUCAUUCCCAGUUACUAUUCAACAGGUGAAAACUACAGCUCCUCGACGGUACUGUGUUCGACCAAAUUCUGGGUUGGUAGAGCCUCAUGGUGCUGUCAGUGUGGCGGUGAUGCUCCAGCCGUUUGAAUAUGAUCCACACGAAAAGAACAAACACAAGUUUAUGGUGCAAAGUCUAUUUGCUCCAGAAGGAGAAGUCAACCCUUUUUUUUGGCCCUUUAAUGGCUUGGGGGACCCAGUAAAACAUUUAUUUGAAGAUUGGGUGAUUUUUUUGUAUCAGGAUGUGAACAUUUUUAUAAUUUAUUUAGACCCCAACUUGAUUGUAACAUCUUGUGGAGAAUGUAUGUUACAGGGGUGUUGUCUUUUUUUUUUCUGUAUUUGUGUGUGUUUGUAUAUAUGUGUAGGUAGGUGUAUGAAUAUUUUUGUUACCAAUUUUGUUAAAUUCCAGUUCAAGGAAGCUGACCAGAGUCAGUUGAUGGAUUCAAAACUAAGGUGCGUAUUUGAAUUACCAAUGGAUGCAACACAAGCACCACAGAAUAACAUUGAUGCCGCGCCUGCAUCUCAGCCACAAGUGGAAGUUCCCAAGCCCUCUCCUAAGGCCAAUAACAUUGAAGCGGAACUCAGGAAGGCUGGUGACGAAAUUAAACGACUGCGAGAGGAAAUUAGUGCACUUCGUCAAGAGAAUCUUCAGCUUAAGGAGGACUCCCUGAGGCAGCGCACACAUGCCAGCAGCACAGGAGAGAAGAAGACAGUGGCUGCUAGUGUCAUUCAGCAUCAUGAUACGCAACAAGGCAACCCAAUGAUGCAUUUGGUUGCUGCUCUCAUCAUCGCUCUUGUUGGCUAUAUUCUCGGCAAAUUUAUCCUUUGAAGAAUUCCCAGUACCAUUGCCCAGGAUCACUAGGUAGCAAUCGGCCAUUUUUUCUCCCACAACCAACACACUAAUUGCCCUCGUCAAACUUUUUUUGUAGGGCAGGUUCAUCAUUUGGUGGACUCUAGUUGCUAGCUGGGAAUAUUGGAAUAUUAUUAGCUAUCAUCUAUAGCUGUCUGCCUUCUUCAAAUACGGAAUAGCAUUUGGCCUUGUUUUAUUUACCAUAACAAUUUUUGAUAUUAAAAUUUUUAUUGAGUUAGAUUGAAAAGAUAAGCUGCCUUCAAUUUGACAGUGUCUGAGACUCUAAUGGAGUCGUAAGCACUUGGACAAAUGUGUGGGAAAAAAUCAUCAUAUUGUAAAGAAACCCAGUUAGCUUGCUUUAAUGUAUAUCACUUUCAGGCAUUCUAGGCAGAAAGAUUAAUCAAGAGGAAAUACAGCCUUUUUGAAACUUAUUAAGGAAUAUAAAUUUGAAUUUGUACAUUUUGUCGUGGAAUAAUUUAUUUAAUACUGCAUAGUCAUACAACUUCGCAUUAUAAAAGAUAUCCCUUUUGUUUAUGAAAAUAUUAUACAUUAGUUUUAUAUAUAUAUGGAGUAUGCAAAAUAAUGUAAUUUUGGCCAGAAGCAAAUAGCAUUUGCAUUUCAUGAUGCAUCACUUUUGCCUGUGAUUAGUUAUUAAACAUUAUGAAAUAUUCAUGUGCUCUUUCAAUAUGUAUCAUUUAGCAAUAGGUAAAGUAUAUGAUGUCUUCUUUUGUUUGGUACAGAGGACAAUUCUUUACCAGUGCGUUGUUUCACAUCUUAAAGGUUAAAAAGUAUUUGGAUUAUUUUAAUGUAAAAUAGUAACUGUUAUGCUGUAACAUCCUUUAAUAACAUUUCCAUAGCAGAACUUAUAAAAGACUAUUUUGUCAGAUAAGCCUCUCUUGCUUUUUUUUACAUUUUUUUGUUUAUUUAUUUUUUUAUUAUUAUUUAUUUAUUUUUUUUUAUUUUUUAUUUUUAUUCUUAUUAUUUUUUUUUUUUUUGUAAUAAUUACCUUAGUUUAUUAUUUUAAACUCAUUUAUGAUUAGUCAUACUCUACACUUAGACUAACCCGUUUCACAGUGUAUCACGUUUAGCAUACAUACAAUCGAUAUGAUUUUUAAUUUAUUUCUCAUGGAGGGGUUUUGAUUUUUGUGGAAUCACUUUACUCAGUACCCUUUUCUGGUCAUUGGUAUAUAUCAGCUAUUCAGUCUAAGACAAAGUCCUGGUGAAGAGUCUCGUGCAAAGCUCUUCUCUCCCUUCCAGCCCCUUACCCUUAUCCCUCCCUUACCUUAAUCCUACUGGCCAAGGAUAUAAAGCAGUCCUGAUAGUAACAGAUUUAUUAAUCUAUAUAAGUGUUUGGAUUCGAUGAACAACUUGUUCUCGAGUCAUGGUGGAGAUCGGUUUGUUAGAGAUUUACAGGGUUGACGCAGUAGAGGGCAACGUAGGAGUCAUUCACUCAAGCGUAGAUAGAAGUAGGUUUGAACCAUAGCCUCCAGAGACAUUCAAGGGACUUACACAAGUACUUCCCCACAGAUGAGAAUGUGGGGAUCCUCUCUCCAAGGGCAACUCAUUGUAAGAAUGUAGCUUACAUACAUAUGAAAACCAUGCAGCCCUUCAUAAGGUGUGACUUGGCAUUGUCUUACACUGAAGUUUGGUCUGACCAGUGAUUUUCAGUCUGUACUUGGGUGAAACAGGUUAGAAAUAUUUAUAUGCAUUUCUGAAGUUAGUCUAUUAACAGGAAGUGGAAUAGGGCUUAAUUUCACUGGUCAGGUUACAUUUUUGUAAUGUUAUUCCAGCUUAAAAUACCUAUAUGAAAAUUAUGGUCUGUGUUAGGUUUGUCAAUCCUUUUUUGUACAUUACACUGUAGUAUGCAAGAGCUGUUUGUACAAAAGGUGAAGUCUCCCCUUGUAUAUAAGUUGGUGUGAUAUGUUCUUGUCUUCAAUCACAUUUGUAUUUUUUUUAAGUAAAUUUCUUUGCUUCUUUCCCCACUGGUAGUUAUGUACAUUACCCUCUUUAUUCAUUGUCAGUUACUAGUCAAUUGUAAACAUGUGUGGGUAAACUUCCAUCAGUAAUUUGGAAAUGUUUGAUAGCACUUAGUUAUCAUACUAUAAAAAUGCUUACAAGUUUCUUACAUAUGUGAACAUUUUCUAGUAAACAUUUGCUAGGUACACUUCCUUUGCACGAGACAGAUGGAAGUCAUUAGGGACAAGGGUCUGACUUAAAACUCAAAUGCUUUGAUUGGUGGAGCCAUUGUGUUAUAAUGUUUACUGCUGCGUGUCUGCAACUAACUUUGGACAGUAUAAAGGAGUAUAGCCAGUGUAUUUUUCACACUUGUUUGUAACACCACGGUGGUCAGUCCCGGGGUUUUGUACCCAUGUGUACAGUGUGCAGCGUGUCAUAAUAAAUAUGUCACACCUUAAUGUA